GAAAGUGAAAGUGGACCAUAUACUGAGUCGGAGCCGGCGCUGCUCAGCUCGGUGCGCGCUCCCAGCUGAUUGGCUGCUCGGCGGAGGCUGCUCCCGAACGGUGUUAGGUGCCGGUGCGUCGGAGCAGUCUGGGUCGCAGUGUGUCUGUGGCCAGUCGCAGUCUCGGCCGCAGCAGCAGACGCAGCAGCUCAGGAUGAGGUGCUGUUUGGUGAUAACCGCCCUGGUGGCCGCCGCCGCAGGCCAGCACGUCCUGCCUCCAGUGGUCAACAGCGACACGCUGUACCGGGACCAGGUACCGACGCGGUACCGGCCCGCCGACAAACCCCAGGUCGACGACCCGGCCGACUACGAUGUCUACUUCGACCCAGGUCAGACGUACAGCGGCCCGGCCGUUGUCGAACCCGUCGUCGUCGACACCAAGCCCAAGUACCAGCCCAAGCCGUUCGUGCCGCGUGAGCGUAAACAGGUUCAGAAGCUGCAGCCGGCCGGGCCGCUGCUCUACCCCGUCCCGGAGCAGAGCUACGCCGCCGAGUCGCGCUACGCGCCCGCCGAGCCGGUCCAGGACCUGAGCAAGGUCCCCGGCUACCCCGGAAAGGACUACCCCGUGUACGCCGCCGUGCCCGACACCAAGUUCACGUGCGAGUCGGUGCCGUACCGGCCCGGCCUGUACGCUGAUGUCGAAGCCGGCUGUCAGGCGUACCACAUCUGCGAGGAGGACAACCGUCACGGCUACACGGGCGCCGACUUCCUCUGCACCAACGGCACCAUCUUCAACCAGUACGAGCUGACGUGCGACUGGUGGUACAACGUCGACUGUGCCAGCGCCGCCAAGCAGUACGACGUCAACCUGGACCCGUACAAGAACCCGUACCUGCCAACUCCUGAGGAGGAGGCCAAGAAGAAGGCCGAGCAGAAGUACGGCCCGCAGCCGCAGUACGCCCCCGAGCCCCAGUACGCCCCGCAGCGCUACGCCCCGGAGCCCCAGUACGCUCCUCAGCCCCAGCGGUACGCCCCGCAGCCCCAGCGGUACGCCCCGCAGCCCCAGCGCUACGCCCCGGAGCCCCAGUAUGCCCAGCCGCAGUACACGUACGGCCCGGGCUUCGGCGCGAGGCGUGACUACCGUCGUCAGUAGUGAAUGAGUGGUGACCAGCGACUGCUGUCAGCUGUGCUCCGGAGAAUGAGUUAAGAGUGUUGGGAGAGUGAGGGAGGAGUGGUGGGUGGUCCGAGUGUCGACAGAGUUAGAUGGAGAGUAGCGAGAAAGGGAGAGUGCUUGGAAUGUGCCGGUGUGACUGGUGAGUGAAUGCUAUUUAUAUACUGGUGUGUGAUCAUCUUUGAGCCAAUUCGUGAUCGGUCGUUCGUGCCAACUCGAAUGAAUGGAUAGAUCGGUGUGGAAUACACGCUGCUCCGAGUGGA